GCGCGGCGGCAUGUGACCACAGCCGUCGAUAGCCAUGCCCGAUCCAUUCCAAAACAUCCAUCAAAGAAUUUUAUACCUCCCUUGUCCAUUUGUGUGUGUCUCUGUUCCUUCUUACCUACACUGCGAGAGAGGAAGAAGAUAAGAGGAAGCGAUCGAUCGCGAUCGCGAUCGCAUCGCAUCGAGCGUGAAAAGAGGAUCGUUUGGAUUGGAGUGUCAUGGCCUCCGCAAAGGCCCCAUUUGGAACGAUGCACAACCAGCCGCCGCCCAGGAAUCGCAAGCACGCGGAUCCAGCGCCCUGGGACAGAGAUCCCAGCGGCGGCAGCAGCAGAGCUCCACUCUCCUCGAGAUCUUCCGGGAGUGGCAACGCCGCCGCCCCCGCCAGCAAAUCGGUGAGCCGCCCAGCGAAGGAUCAUCAAGUCGAGCAGCCGAGCAGUGGCAGGAGGAUCGCGAAUCAGGGGGCGAAUUCGUCGGGCAAGCCAGCGGCGCCACCGGUGGUCUCGCAAAGAUCUGCCGCUGCCAAGGUGGCUGGAUCCACAAAAACUGCGCCAUUUGGGACCGCCCACAAUGCUCCCGCCCAGGCACACAAGAAUGUGGGUGCUAGCAAGGCUCCAUGGGAGCGGGACGACAGCCAGAGAUUCCAAAAGAUUGCAUUUGGGAACCUCAAGAGUUUUGGAGCUUUUAUCCGAACUUGAGAAGAGGAAGACGAUGCACACCAUAGCUUUCUUUGUGUUUAAAACAAUUUCCCGACGGCAUGGAAAGAUGGAUCCAUGAGUUAGAAAAGUUUCGGGCUCUUUUGAACUGGAAACAUUGAUCAGGAACCUUGGAAUAUACUUGGUCACAACAAUUAGGGUGCAAGACCUCCUGACCAAGUUAUACCAGUUCUUUGGUGGUUAUCAAAAGAUCAAGUUUGUAAUUUGCACUUUUUUUCCAACAACAACAAAACGCUACUACUUACUACUGC